AUGGGCAUGCUGCCUCUAGCACGGAUCAUGUCUUCAGAGGGGGGUAGCCGCUCUUGGCGUUGCAAAACUGACCGUGUGAGUGAGCAGCGGGAGCUGUCCGCAUGUGGGGCGACUUAUCCAGGACUCUUGAGCCACUGGAAUGUUAAUUGGCAUUGGUAUUUUUCAACAGGUACCUAUGGUCCCGAGCACUGGGUUACUUCCAGCGAGAAGUGCAGAGGGUCUCAUCAGUCUCCCAUCGACAUCGUAGACCAUCAGGCCCGUGUUGGAGAUGAGUAUCAAGAACUGCAACUCGAUGGUUUUGACAACGAAUCUUCGAAUAAGACUUGGAUGAAAAACACAGGAAAAACGGUUGCUAUCCUGCUGAAGGACGAAAAAAAAGCCGGGUUGCCAGGCAGAUUCAAGGCAGAGAAAGUGGAGUUUCACUGGGGUCAAAGCAAUGGAUCAGCUGGCUCUGAGCACAGCAUCAAUGGCAAGAGGUUCCCCGUUGAGAUGCAGAUUUACUUCUACAAUCCUGAUGACUUUGACAGUUUUGGAACAGCAGUUCUAGAAAACAGGGUAGUGGGAGCCAUGGCUGUGUUUUUUCAAGUCAGUCAGAGGGACAAUCAAGCACUGGAUCCCAUUAUCCAUGGGUUGAAGGGCGUCGUACAUCACGAGAAGGAGACCUUCCUGGAUCCCUUUGUGCUGAGGGAGCUGCUGCCGGCAUCGCUGGGGAGUUACUACCGCUACGCAGGUUCUCUGACCACCCCUCCCUGUAGCGAGAUCGUGGAGUGGAUCGUUUUUCGGAAGCCCGUUCCCAUUUCUUACCAUCAGCUGGAGGCGUUCUACUCCAUAUUCACCACCGAACAGCAAGACCACGUCAAGUCCGUGGAGUACCUGAGGAAUAACUUCCGACCACAGCAAAGCCUGAACAACAGGAAGGUGUCGAAGUCUGCCGUGAAGGAUGCUUGGAGCCAAGAUAUGACAGAUACCUUGGAAAAUCCGCUCGGCACAGAAGCUUCCAAAGCUUGCAGCACUCCCCCGGUCAACAUGAAAGUGCAGCCUGUGAACAGGACAGCAUUACUCGUAACCUGGAAUCAACCAGAAACCAUCUACCACCCUCCGAUCAUGAACUACAUGAUCUCAUAUAGCUGGACUAAAAAUGAGGAUGAAAAGGAAAAGACUUUCACCAAGGACAGUGACAAGGACCUGAAGGCCAUCAUUAGCCAUGUCUCACCUGACAUCCUUUAUCUGUUCAGAGUUCAAGCAGUUUGCCGAAAUGAAAUGCGUAGUGACUUUAGCCAGACUAUGCUCUUUCAAGCUAACACUACUCGAAUUUUCGAGGGGACCAGAAUUGUGAAAACAGGAGUGCCCACAGCAUCUCCUGCCUCCUCAGCCGACAUGGCUCCCAUCAGCUCCGGCCCCUGGGCCUCCUCGGGGCUCCCGUUCUCCUUUGUGUCCAUGGCCACGGGAAUGGGCCCUUCCUCCAGCGGCAGCCAGGCCACCGUGGCCUCCGUGGUCACCAGCACCUUGCUGGCAGGACUGGGCUUCAGCGGGGGGGGCAUCUCCUCCUUCCCCA